UUUACAAAAAGCAAACCAAUUCAGCUAAUUUCGAUUGAAUAAAGUUUUUUUGUCGAUAAUUUCAACUCUAUAUUUCUAGGCGAGGAAUAAAGAUACAAAAUUCUCUUAUUGUUGAGUUCUAAUACAAAUUGGUCAAUCAAACAAAUUGGGUCUUAAAAAAUAUUCAAUUUUAUAUCCUUCACAGCAUUUCCCUAUCCUUGUAAGUUGUAAAAAAAUUAACAAUAUGAUAAACAUAAUUUCUUCAAAAAAUAAUCUCCAAGACAUUUGAAAUUUCGAAACAUAACUUAACUGUAUUUUCACAGUCAAAUUAAGGAAUAUGAUUUUCUUUAUAUUAGGUAGUACUGUCACAAUUUUCUGCUUGUUAUUUCUUAGAACCAACUCGCUAUUAAAUCUCUCUACAAAGGUUUAUAAAUAAGCCUCAAAGUUAUAGAAAACAAUAUUGGUCAUAUUGCGGUUUUUAUCUUAAGGAUACACAAUAUGCAGAGCCGAGUGAUAAAGUUGUAUAUAAAUAACAAAUUUAAAGUAAAUUCAACAGUCGCUACUGUUCUGUUAAUUGGAACUCAAGGCUAAGUGCAAAGAGGAAUACGAAAGAGCAAUGGCGGACAUAAAGAAGAAUCUCCUGCUGUUCUUCGACCGGCCCACGGAGCCCUGCUUCAUGCCCAAGAGUAACUUGGCCGUAUUCCAGUUGCCUCCAGAUUAUUUCCCAAAGAAAUUCCAAGCUGCUAGAGAAAUUUUAGCAAAACGUUUUGGGAAGGAUGCGACUCGAAUCAUCCCAAUAAAAAAGAUUACCAUCCCGGAUCUGUCUGUGCCGCUCCAGCUUCCUUACAUGGCCACCUUCUCACUAUUCAUACCUUGGCAUAGACAAAUGGCAACUGCACUGGUCAACAUUUUUAUGGGUAUGAAGAACUUAGAGGAGUUACAGUCUGUGGCAGCAUAUUGCCAGAUGCGAAUCAACCCUUACCUUUUCAACUACUGCCUCUCCGUUGCCUUACUAAACAGGGAGGACACCAAGGACCUGAACUUCCCAACCUUAGUGUCAUCAUUUCCAGACAAGUUUAUAGACCCCAGGGUCAUGAAAAAAGCCAGGGAAGUCAGCUUUAUAUAUCCUGUAAAUAAAAGGCUGGUGCUGGAGAUCCCUCAAAACUACACAGCAGCAGAGUGGGACCCGGAGCAGCGCGUGGCGUACUUCCGCGAGGACAUCGGCGUCAACCUGCACCACUGGCACUGGCACCUCGUGUACCCGACCGAUGGCAGCCACGCCAUCGUUGCCAAGGACAGGAGAGGAGAACUCUUCUACUAUAUGCACCAGCAGAUUAUCGCUAGGUACACAAUAGAACGUUUCUGCAAUAAGCUGAGUGCUCCGGAGCCGCUGCACAACUUCCGUGAGCCGAUCAAGGAAGGUUACUUCCCCAAAAUGGACUCAACGGUUGCUAGCCGUUACUGGCCGCCAAGGUUCGCUAGCUCCUUUAUGAGUGAUUUAAAUCGUACAAAAGAUGGCAUUAUCAUGGAGAUCACACAGCUGGAGUACUGGAGGGACAGGAUCGUGGAAGCUAUCGACUCUAUGUCUAUUUUGAUGCCUGGCGGUCACAAAGAGCCGCUAGACGAAACAACUGGCAUUGACAUUUUGGGCAAUAUCGUUGAAGCGUCAAUACUGAGUCCAAACCCUGGGUUCUACGGCAACCUGCACAACAUGGGACAUAACUUCUUGUCCUUCAUGCACGAUCCAGAUAAUAAAUUUAAGGAGGAACCAAGCAUAAUGGGUGACGUGGCCACCGCGAUGCGAGACCCGGUGUUCUACCGCUGGCAUGCGUUCAUAGAUGACAUCUUCCAGCUGUACAAGAACAAGUUGCGGCCUUAUGUUAAGGAUCAGCUCAACUUCCACGGCAUCCAAGUGAAGCAGAUCAGCAUCGAAUGCCCCGGAGACAACACGAUCAAGACCCAGUGGGAGCAGAGCACGCUAGAACUGAGCCACGGGCUAGACUUCACCUACACAAUCCUGGAGGGCAAAUUGCUUGCCCGCUUUACACAUCUUACACAUGACGAAUUUACUUAUAAUAUCGAGGUGCAAAAUACAGGAAAAGACACAAUGGGUACAGUGCGGUUGUUCAUGGCACCAACGCAAGAUGAGAACGGAACACCGCUUGGCUUCCAAGAUCAGCGUCGGCUAAUGAUCGAAUUGGACAAGUUUACACAUAAGCUGCCCGCUGGCUGCAGCAGAAUCUCACGAAGCUCCGUCAAGUCAUCAGUGACGAUCCCCUACGAGCGCACGUUCCAGUCUCAAGCCAAUCGCCCCGGCCAGCCUGAUGUCUCCCAAUCUGCAGAACUGCAGUUCUGUGGCUGCGGCUGGCCACACCACCUCCUGAUUCCAAAGGGUACCACUGAAGGAUUCCCCAUGGUGAUCUUCUGCAUGAUCUCUAAUUGGGAAGAUGAUAAGGUGGAACAAGACACAGGGACAUGCAACGACGCAGCAUCGUACUGCGGCCUGCGCGACCGCAAGUACCCCGACCGGCGCGCCAUGGGCUUCCCCUUCGACCGGCCCACGCCCGCCAACACGCUCUCUGACUUCCUCACACCCAACAUGAACGUGUGCAAGUGUCUUAUACGCUUCAAGGAUGAAGUGCGUCAGAGAGAACCAAAGCAAUAUUAUUAAGGACCUUGACCAUAAGAAACUUGUAAUUUCUCCAUUAGGCUGAAAGUUAUUACGAAAUACCUAUAAUAUGUCACCUGUAAAAUAUUAAAUGAUGCAGUAACACUUUUCGGUGUUAAAUGUUAAAAAUAUGUACCUAAUGACGAUUCGAAAGUGCUUCUAAAAGAAGUCUAAUUGAAUAAAUAAAAUAUGUUCGAGUUUGAAAUGAUAUCAUACAGUAUUCGAUGAGUAAGUUUUAAGCAAUGAUUGAAAGAUCAACUCUAAUGGAGAAAUUACACGUUUACAAAGUAAAUAACGUGUAAUGCUUUCUGACAUUUUUUUAUGAUUGGUUUGUAAAUUGUAUUGCAAAGUAUAGAACGAUGAAAAAGAAUCUUAAAAUAGUUAACCUAUUCUGCUUUUACUGGUUACUUCAGAACUUGGCUAUGAAAAUGGACUAUGAUUUUUAAUAUUAUUAAUUAUAAAUGGGUCACUAGUUAUAAUUUGUCUGUAAGUUGUGUACAUAUGUAAAUAUUGCUUAUUCAUAAGAUAGUUUAAUAAAUCAUGCCUUUC